AUGUCCGCUGACGCUGAUACUGAUAAUACCCAAGCCAAGAGAUUGAAUAUUCUCAUCGUAGGAGCUGGAAUAGCAGGUCUGAGUUUUGUAUAUGCUUUGAAACGGAGUGAGAUAUAUCGCAAGGGUUUAGUAAGGUAUAGGAUCAUAGAGAAGAAACAAGCACCAUCAACAGAUCUAGGUUAUCCAAUCCAUCUAUCCUCUGCAGCUCGUCAAGCCCUCAAAGACAUCCUCUUACCAUCCGAUCUAGCCAGACUGCAAAAAGCCCAAUCGACCAUACCGGUCUAUCACGAUGGCUUGACGGUAUGUAAUUAUAAGGGUGAGCCUAUGUGGAGAGCUGUACGUGAUCCAGGUGUGAGACCGAUGAUUGAACGUGAAGAUCUGAUGGGGAUCUUGAGGGAUGGAAUUGAUGAAAAUAAGGUGGAAUAUAGCAAAGAGCUUCAAUCGCUUGAUGACAUAGUAAAUGGGGCAGGAGUGGAAGUAGAGUUGAGUGAUGGGGAGAAGUUCAAAGUGGAUUUGGUAAUUGGCGCAGAUGGAAUGUUCUCCCAUACUCGACAACUUUUAUAUUCCAGCCGAAACUUAUUAGAGAAGUUACCUUGGACGAUCAGAAAUUCACGAUAUACUUCCCCUGAAGUACUUGGAUGGUGUAAAGACCUAAAUGGGAUUAACACAAUUGUGGGAGAUUCAUUUUCAGCUACAAUCAUUCCUCUAGGCCACCAAACUCAAACUCAAGCUCAGAGUAUCGAAGAGGAUAGAGAAGAUUUGAGGAAUCAGAGUAUCGCUGAAAGAAUUGAGGAUAUCGAUCCAGUCGGAAAUUUUACUGAUGAAAAUAAUCGAGAAAAACAACAAUCUAUCGAUAAUAUUACUAACGCUAAUGCUGACACUAAUCAUACCAAUACCAAUUCCAGCAGUCAUACCGCCAAACCAUCAGUCUACGUAGCUCUGACAGUUCCUUCCAGAUGGCUCGAACCAUCCUACUGCACCAAAUUGUCCAAAUGCACUUGUGAGCCUACCAUUCACUCGCUGUUUCUCCGCCAACUUGAAAAUUCCGAUGGAUGGCCUCGGAGAAAAGGCUUUCAGAUGUAUAGUAUGAAUAAAACAGUGGCAGGAAGGGGAAAGGUAAUUUUAUUGGGUGAUGCAGCUCAUGGGAUGCCGCCUUUCUGUGGGGCUGGGGCGGGAAGUGCGAUAGUCGAUUCGGUGGAGCUCGUCAAAGUUCUCAACAAAGGGAUAGUAGAUAAUCUCAAUUCCUCAUUGGGAGAUUACAUGACUCAGAGUCAAUUACGAAAGGACCCGUUGAUCAAAGCAUCCAAGAGAUUACUUUGGCUAGCACAGGGACAUACGGAAUUAUCGAUGAUAGCUAGGAAAGUGGUGUUCUGGGGAUUGGAGAUGAAAGAGAGAUUGAGUGGAAGUAGACAACGAGCCGAAGUGGAGUUGAGGAAGGUCAUAGACGAGAGUAGAAAAGGUGGUAACGAGGGAAUAUAG